AUGGCAUCAAAGCGACCAAACUCCCCAGCACUCUCCAGCUUCCGCAUGUCUAUCCAAUCCCGGGGGGUCGAGUUUCAUGCACUCAGCUGUACUGAGGUGGGACUUUGCAAUGCGGCAUCAAAAAGAUCAAAACUCCCCAUCUUCUUCAUGUUCAGUGCCAGAAGUUUAAUGGGAUUGGCAGACGGCUUUGCAAUGGCAUGA